AUGCCCGGCUUAGACCCUAAAGUUGCGGUCCAUCAUCUCGCUGUCAAGAACGGCACACGUCCUAUCAAACAAGCACAACGACGUUUCAGGCCAGAAUUGGUUCCCUCGAUCGAAAAUGAAGUUAACAAGCUUAUUGAGGCUGGUUUCAUUCGCGAAGUUAAGUUCCCCACAUGGAUUUUGAGCAUUGUCCCUGAUGAAUUUCCACUUCCCAUUGCUGAGCUUAUGAUUGAUGCCACUACUGGAUACGAGGCGAUGUCCUUCAUGGACGGGUCAUCCGGCUAUAACCAGAUCCGCAUGUCACCUAAGGAUGAAGAGCUUACCGCAUUCCGCACUCCUAAAGGUAUUUAUUGCUACAAAGUAAUGCCUUUUGGCUUGAAGAAUGCUGGAGCAACAUACCAAAGAGCUAUGCAAAAUAUCUUCGACAACAUGCUUCACAAAAACGUCGAAUGUUAUGUUGACGAUCUGGUGGUAAAAUCAAGAAAAAAGAGUGAUCACUUGCAAGAACUGAGAAUGGUGUUUGACCUACUACGAAGGCACCAACUCAAAAUGAAUCCUUUGAAGUGUGCAUUUGGGGUUACCUCCGGAAAAUUCCUUGGCUUUGUCGUUCGACAUCGGGGGAUAGAAAUUGAUCAAGCCAAAGUAGAUUCAAUCAUGAAGAUGGCCGAGCCAAGAAACAUCCAUGAGUUGAAAAGUCUGCAAGGGAAGCUGGCAUAUCUUAGGAGAUUCAUCUCGAAUAUAGCAGGGAAGUGUCAGCCGUUCAGUCGUCUCAUGAAGAAAGGUGCUCCUUUUGAAUGGGACCAAGCUUGUGCCAACGCCUUUGAGAGCAUCAAAACUUACUUGACCAAACCUCCAGUUCUAGCGGCUCCUGUGCCUGGAAAGCCAUUGAUACUAUACAUAUCGGCACAAGAAAGUUCAGUUGGAGCACUCUUAGCCCAAGAGAAUAGCAAAGGGAAAGAAAAUGCCCUUUACUACUUGAGUACGAUGAUGACGCCAAAUGAGUUGAAGUAUUCACCGAUUGAAAAGUUGUGUCUGGCCUUAGUCUUCUCGAUUCAGAAGAUGAAACACUACUUUCAAGCUCAUGUAGUUUGUCUUAUUUCCAAAGCAAACCCCAUCAAAUUUGUGAUGUCGAAACCUGUCCUUAGCGAUCGACUAGCAAGGUGGUAUCUCCAAUUUCAACAAUUUGAGAUUGUGUAUGUUUCUCAAAAAGCUGUGAAAGGGCAAGCAUUAGCGGAUUUUCUAGCAGACCAUCCGAUACCCGAUGACUGGGAAUUAACUGAUGAACUACCCGAUGAGGAUGAGAUGGUCAUUGAGAUUCAACAGCCUUGGAAGAUGUAUUUUGAUGGUGCUGCACAUCGCGAAGGAGCUGGCGCUGGUGUGAUAUUUGUCACUUCUCAGGAGGAGGUCUUACCGUAUUCCUUCACUUUAGCACAAUGUUGCUCCAACAAUGUUGCAGAAUAUCAGGCACUCAUACUUGGGCUUGAAAUGGCCGUUGAUAUGAAGCAGUUACACUUGCAAGUCUUUGGAGAUUCUGAAUUGGUAAUCAAUCAAUUGUUGGGUACCUACGAGGUCAAAAAGCCAGAAUUGCGUCCCUAUCAUCACUAUGCACAAAAAUUAAUUGGGUGGCUCGGCAACGUAACUCUCCAGCACGUGCCAAGAAAGGAAAAUAAGAAGGUUGAUGCUUUGGCUGCUUUGGCUUCAACAUUGACUUUGCCUGACCAAGCGCAAAUCACUAUCUGCCAGAAAUGGAUAGUACCGCCGGAGGACGAUGAGGAUGAAGAAAGCAAACUCGAGCUUCUUGUGGCCAUUACUGAAGCUGAGAAAGUCGAUUGGCGACAAACCAUGAUCGAUUACUUGUGUUAUAGCAUUCUUCCAGAAGAUCCAAAAAGAAAGACCGAAAUUCGUCGUCGUGCCCCUCGCUUCCUUUACUACAAAGAUACUUUGUACCGUAGAUUGUUCGAGGGAGUUCUCUUGCGUUGUCUGGGGGAAGAAGAAGCGACUCAAGCUAUGCAAGAAGCCCACUCUGGAGUUUGUGGAUCACAUCAAUCUAGGUCAAAACUACACUUUCAUAUAAAAAGGGUGGGGUAUUAUUGGCCAACAAUGGUAAAAGAUUGUUUGGACUAUGCUCGAAACGUGGUUGGACCGCUACUGAAAGAUUUCGGUAGCCACUUGUACAUCUUAGCUGCAACGGAUUACUUCUCAAAAUGGGCUGAGGCUGUCGCCCUCAAAGAAGUAAAAAAAGAGAAUGUGGCAAACUUCAUUCGAGUAAACAUCAUCUAUCGUUUUGGCAUUCCUAGUUAUAUCAUAACAGAUAAUGGCAAGUCGUUCUCCAACAAAUUGAUGACUAAGAUUUGCGAGCUUUUUGGCUUCAAGCAACGAAACUCGUCUAUGUAUUAUGCUGCUGCAAAUGGACUAGCUGAAGCAUUUAACAAGACCUUGUGCAACUUGUUAAAGAAGGUCGUCUCCAAGUCUAAAAGAGAUUGGCAUGAUAGAAUGGAAGAAGCUCUUUGGGCAUACCGAACGACUCAUCGCACACCGACUCAAGCAACUCCUUAUUCUCUUGUUUACGGAGCUGAAGCGGUCCUUCCACUUGAACGCCAAAUACCUUCAUUGCGGCUCGCUAUCCAAGAAGGGCUCACUGAAGAAGAAAAUGCUCAUCUACGCCUUGAAGAGUUAGAGGCCCUUGAUGAGAAAAGGCUGGAAGCUCAGCAAAGCCUUGAAUGUUAUCAAGCUCGUCUUUCCCGUGCUUUCAAUAAAAAGGUUCGCCUGAGGUCCUUCCAAGUUGGUGAUCAAGUCCUGGCGAGUGUGGUGUUGGUUAAUGAAGCUUUCAUCCGUUCCCAACAUGAGAUAGAUGAUCUCCGAGGCCAACUGGAUGCCCAAGGCCGAGAAACGGAGAAAUACCGGCAUCUCCUUCAGGAGACGGAGGAAGAGUUGAAUCGGGCAGCCGUGCUGGCCAACCUUCAUCCCGAGCUCGAUGCGGCUAAGGACGAAAACCGUCGUUUGAAGGGUGAGCUGGCCGCUAUGACCGACUAUAACUGGAGCCUUGAGGCUGAAAAGAUCGUCCUUAGCCGGGAUAAAGCCCAGUUUUCUUCGAGGCUAGAUGAGCUAGAGACCACGGUUUCCCGACUCCGGGGGGAGCUCGACUCGGUGAAUGCUGAUGCAACAACCCUGGCUGAGAGGAACCGGCGGCUCGAGUCCGAGGCUGCUUUGUCCGACGAGAGCAGGAGGGUGUUCGAAGAGAAAGCCGAGGAGCGAUCUCAGAUAUGCCAAGGCCUAAGAACCGAGCUCGAGGAGGCGGCUAUUGCCAACAAUGCCCUUAAGGCCGAGCUGGAUGCAGCUACUGGUAGGAUAAGUGUCCUUGAGGGGGACCGGGCCGAUUUGGAAGCAAAACUGGCCAAGGCUGAGGCCGACUUGGAUGAAACAUGGAGAAGUGUUGAGGCGGCCAAGGCUUAUACUGCUAUUGUUGCCGAGUAUGAGAAGUGA